CAUAUAUAACUGUUGAAACUCAAUCUUUUUUUAGAACUCUCCUAUUAUCUCUCUCUCUCUCUCUAUACUUUUUCCUUCUCAAUUUUCCCGAGAAAGUGAGAAAGAAAAUCAAAUUUCAGUUAAUAUGCGGGCAACAGAGAACAACCAGGGUUCGUUUCUGAACCGAAUCAGUAUACGCCGCAAUCAGGUGGUUUCUAUGGAUGUAAACCAUGAACAAGAGCUCGAAGACAUUGAAAUCUUUCAGAAACAUGUCAGUGAUCGAUUCUCCAACCUCUUUGCCUCCUCUGACGAAUCCCCUAUCGCCGGCGCCGGCGACACAGCCCUUCUCUCUAUCGCCUGGCUCCGGAAGCUUCUCGAUGUUUAUCUCUGCUGUGAGGCCGAGUUCAAGGUGCUCCUCAUAAUGGGUCGGGACCCGUCUCAUAUCUCGAAACCCCCGCUCGAUCGUCUCAUCCCAGAGCUUCUCGACCGGGCUGUGAAAUCUUUGGACAUUUGUAAUGCUGUGACUCAUGGUAUCGAGGCAGUCCGGCAUUGCCAGAAGCUCGCCGAGAUCGCGGUUUCGGCUUUGGGUCAGAAGCCGAUCGGAGAUGGUCAAGUCCGGCGAGCUAAAAAGGCUUUGAAUUCGUUAAUUGCGGCCAUGGCGAUCGAGGACAAAGACGGCGUCGGAGGUAAAUUUUCAGACAGAGCUUGGUCUUUUGGGCGUAAAGGAGGCGCAGGAUCCGCCUCGAGUAAGGAUCGAACCGUCGGGCAAUUCAGGUCUCUGUGGUGGGGAAUGGCUAAAGGCUGGUCCGCGGCGAGGCAGCUUCAAGCAAUGUCAUCCAAUUUGGUGGCGCCUCGUGGAGCUGAGUCAACCGGGUUAGCUCAACCGGUUUAUAUAAUGAGCACUGUUAUGAUGUUUGUGAUGUGGGCUAUGGUGGCUGCGAUUCCCUGCCAGGAGAGGACAGGUUUGGCGACUCAUUUUCCAGUACCGAGGCAAUUGGCUUGGGCUCAACCCAUGAUUGGAUUACAAGAAAAGAUAGCUGAGGAGUGGAAGAAGAAGGAGAAGAAAGGGUCAUUUGGGUUAUUAGAUGAAAUACAAAAGCUGGAGAAGCUGGGCUUAUCCUUGACCGAAUUCGCAGACUCGUUUCAGUUUCCGGCGGAGCCUGAGCGACUCGAAGAGGUGGCGACCCAGGUGGCUGAAUUGGCUGAAACUUGCCGAAAGAUGGAGGAAGGAUUGGUUCCUUUGCAGCAGCAGAUUAGAGAGGUGUUCCACAAGGUUGUGAGGACUAGAACAGAGGUCCUUGAUGUGUUGGACCAAUCUGGUAAAGUGUUUACCCCCACAGUGUAAAAAGAUAUAUUAUAUAUAUAUGGUUUAUUGAUUAAUCACUCACUUAUAGUAUUGAGAGAUCUUGAAAGAGCUUCAGAGUAGAAACUUUUUUGAGGUAAAAUCUUCAUGAUCCCUUGUUCAAUUACAGUCUUGUGAAUCUCUUUUGGUUCACGAAGACAUGGCCUCAUUGAACCUGAAAGUUGGAUCAUGGUGGUGUGUCCAUAGUGGUGUCCAAAUAUUUUGAUUGAGCUUAUAGCUUAAUUUAACCACUAAGGGUGUGGCGAACUUUGCUUCUUUUUUUUUUUUUUUGCUGAAUGUGAAUUCUUCUCUUUUGAGUAACUUGUAAUUUUGUUGUUUUGGUUUUUGAGUACAUAAACACUCUAAUCAAAGAUUGUAGAUAAACGUAACCUAAUAAGGAAUUUCUUUGUUCUUGUUA